ACCGGCUCUGUGACGUCCGGAAGUGGAGCGGGGCCGCAGUGCGGCUCCGGCAGCUGCCUCGGCGUCCGGUCUGCAGGCCCCAGGCCAUCUGCUGAGAUGGCGAGCGCUGCCGCCCCUGCAGUGCCCACCCCGGCUCCGCCUUUGGAGCAGCUCCGGCAUUUAGCCGCGGAUCUGCGGUUACUCUUGCCCGGGGUGCGGGUGGGCGAAGCCCAGGAGACCACCAAGGAGUUCAGCCGGGAGACGUUCUGGAGAAGACUCAAUGAGGCAGCUGUGCGAGUGUCAAGGGAAGCCACGACUCUGACCGAAGUCUUCUCUCGACUUCCACUGCCCCUGCCGUCCCCACAGGAAGCCCAGAGGCUCUGUGAACAAGUCCAUGCUGCCAUCACGGCAAUUAUUGCAGUAUACUAUUCGCUUCCCAAGGAUCAGGGAAUCACCCUGAGAAAGCUGGUUCGGAGCGCCACUUUGGACAUCGUGGAUGGCAUGGCUCAGCUUGUGGAAGUGCUUUACACCACUCCAGCUCAGAGCCCUGAGAACAGUGACCUUAUUUCUUGCAACAAUGUCUGGGUUGCGUGCCAGCAGGUGCCUCAGAUACCAAGAGAUAACAAAGCUGCAGCCCUUUUAAUGCUGACAAAGAAUGUGGAUUUAGUGAAGGAUGCACAUGAGGAAAUGGAGCGGGCUGUGGAAGAAAGUGACCCUUACCAUGGCCUCUUGAAUGACGAUGAGGAGGACAACUCUGACAACCAUGGUGAUGAACAGGAUCAUGUGUUGGGGUGUCCAAACAAUCAGGACUCCUAUUGGUCAGAGGAAGAUCAAGAGCUUAUAAUCCCGUGCCUUGCGCUGGUGAGAGCAUCCAAAGCCUGCCUGAAGAAAAUCCGGAUCUCAGUGGCGGAGAAUGGGAAGAAGGACCAGGUGGCCCAGCUGGAUGACAUUGUGGAUAUUUCUGAUGAGAUCAGCCCUAGUGUGGAUGAUUUGGCUCUAAGUAUAUAUCCACCUAUGUGCCACCUGACUGUGCGAAUGAGUGCUGCAAAACUUGUGUCUGUUCUAAACAAGGCACUUGAAAUUACAAAAGCAAGUCAUGUAACCCCACAGCCAGAAGAUAGUUGGAUCCCUUUACUCAUUAAUGCUGUUGAUCAUUGCAUGGACAGAAUCAAGGAACUCACUCAGAAUGAACUUGAAUUAUGAGUUUUCAGGCUCAUUUGUACUCUCCUCUCUCCUUUUCUUACUGUCAUAGCCAGGCUCUGAUGUCUGCUUUUAAAAUGGGCUAGAAUGUUUUCUGGUUUGAAAGGGAGUUUCUGUUUAUAUUUAUCAAGAGACACUAUUACCAAAGAUUGUUGAUUAGGCCAGACUGGCAAUUAUUUAUAAAACAUAUGAGGAUGAUAUAUUUUUCUGUGCUAGCUACAAAAGAUAAUGGCAUGAUUUUGUGUUCCUGAAUCGCCUCCCAGAGAUUCCUGGGGAAGUUGCCUCAUCCCCUAUUUGCAAUAAAGUAUAUUGUUUCAUUGUUAAA